AUGCGAAGCGUAUCGCUCACCGUCCUCGCAGUCGCCGCCACUGGCGCAUUGGCCAGCUCUGAAGCCGCAAAGCCCCAGUUCACUCCCACAAACAUCAAGGCGCCUUUCAUCGAACAGUUCACCGAUGACUGGUCAAAGCGAUGGACACCCUCUGAGGCUACCAAGAAGACUCCCGUAGGCGGCGAGACCUUCAGCUACGUUGGCAAGUGGCAGGUUGAGGAGCCUUCCGACGCUGUCAUCGAAGGCGACAAGGGUCUCGUUGCGAAGAGCAAGGCUGCCCACCACGCCAUCUCUGCCGCCUUCUCCAAGCCUAUCGACUUCAAGAAGCAGCCCCUCGUUGUUCAGUAUGAAGUCAAGUACCAAAAGGGAGGCAACUGCGGUGGUGGUUACCUCAAGCUCUUGGAGGACGGUUUCCAGACUAGCGGCAAGGAGUUCUCUGAUACCACUCCUUGGGUCAUCAUGUUUGGCCCUGACCUUACUUGCCCUGGUACAAAGGUGCACUUCAUUGUUCGCCACAAGAGCCCCAAGACUGGUGAUGUUGAGGAGAAGCACCUCAAGCCUGCUCCUCAACCUUCCAUUGAGAAGCUCACCAACCUCUACACUCUCAUUCUCCACCCCAACAACACCUACAACGUUCUCGUCAACGGCGAGUCUAGCAAGACUGGAAGCCUCCUCGAGGACUUCGAUCCCCCCGUCAACCCGCCCAAGGAAAUUGACGAUCCUGAAGACAAGAAACCCGACGACUGGGUUGACCAGGACAAGAUCCCCGACCCUGACGCCAAGAAGCCUGAUGACUGGGACGAAGAUGCUCCCUACGAAAUCAUCGACGAGGACGCCGAGAAGCCCAAGGGCUGGUUGGAUGACGAGCCUUUGACUAUCCCUGACCCUGACGCCACCAAGCCCGAAGAGUGGGACGAUGAGGAAGACGGUGAAUGGAUUCCCCCCACUAUUCCCAACCCCAAGUGCUCUGAAGCUCCUGGCUGCGGUGAAUGGAAGAAGCCUUACAAGCCCAACCCUGACUACAAGGGCAAGUGGGUCCCUCCCCUCAUUGACAAUCCCGAGUACAAGGGUGUCUGGCUCCCUCGCCGAAUUCCCAACCCCGCCUACUUCCUCGAUGAGACCCCUGUCAAGAGCCUUCCUAAGAUCGGUGGUGUCGGUAUUGAGCUCUGGACCAUGACUGAGGAUAUUCUCUUCGACAACUUGUACAUCGGCCACUCCAUUGAGGACGCUCAGAAGCUCGCCAAGGAGACCUUCGAGAUCAAGAAGCCCCUCGAGGUUGCCGCCAGCAAGAAGCCCGAGCCCGCUGCUGAGGAGGACGCUGAGGAGCCUAUCUCCUUCAAGGAAGACCCUAUUGAAUGGAUCCGCUCCCAUGUCCUUGACUUCCUCGACGCCGCCAAGUCUGACCCCUUCGGUGCCUUCAAGACCCAGCCUGAGAUCGGUGCUGUCAUCAUUGGUGCUAUCUUCACUCUCUUCGGUAUGAUUGGUGCUCUCUUCGGCCUCGUUGGCAACGCCUCCAAGCCCGUUAUCACCAAGACUCCCAAGAAGGCCGACAAGAAGGAUGAGGCUCCCGUUGCUCCUGCCGGUGGUGAGAAGAAGGACGACGAGAAGGUCAAGAAGCGCGCUGCUGCUGGCAAGUCAUAAACAAACUCGACUGUCACCACAUGCGCAUUCCUUUGGGGUUCUUCGAGAGGGGGUACGAGAGGGGUUACUAUUAUUAUUGCAUUCCACGAUCAUUUCAUAUCGUCCAAGUGAUUCAUACCUGGCUCUGCUGUGUUCGCCGUCCACAUUCUCUUCGAGGUUUCUGCCUUGCUUUUUUGAUACCGUCCGUAGUUUAGCUAGUUCAUCUGUUUUACUUUGGACACGCCUUGGGUCUUCGCGGGUGGAGAGGACUUGAGCGUUGUUACAGUUAUAAUCAAAAGCUCGCCAAUAUAUCCACUCAA